GAAGUGACGCUCCGGUUGCCGCGGUGAUCGCGGCUCAGGGGUCUGCCGGUGCUGGCCCGCGCGGUCUGGUGCAGUCGCGAUGAUGGCGGGGCGGCCCCCGCCGGGCGCCGCGGGCUGCUGCCGCCGCCUCCUCGCGGCGGCGCUGGCGGCGGGGCUGCGGCCGCUGCUGUGUGGGCUGCCGCCGUGCUGGGCGGCGGCGCGGCGGGCGGCGGCGGCGGGGUGGCCGAGCUCGGGCCCGGGCCCGGGCCCGGGCCCGGGCCUGCGGGUGCCGGAGGCGGCGGAGGCGGAGCAGCUGGUGCAGCAGGUGCAGCAAGUGCAGCGGGCGAGGGUGCCGGUCCGCCGCUUCAUCGCCUGCCCCGAGCUGGCGCGCACCGUGCAGCGCUGCCUGCAGGGCGACGCAGCCGCCGGGCCCCAGCCCCUCCUGCUGGAGUGCGCGCCCGGUCCUGGAGUCUUGACCCGGACUUUACUCAAUGCAGGUGUUAGAGUUGUUGCUCUAGAAAGUCACUCGGCUUUUCUUCCAAACUUACAGUCCUUAGAAAAUAGCCUAGAUGGACAAUUAAAAGUAAUUUAUGGUGACUUCUUCAGACUAGAUCCUUUGGUCACUGGACCAGUGAAACCACCUGCUGUUUGUUCUGAGAAACUUUUUGAAUCUGUGGGUGUAGCACCAGUUCCUUGGAGAGCAGAUGUACCUGUGAAAAUUUUUGGAAUCUUACCGCAAAAAAAAGAAAGAAACCUGCUAUGGAGGCUACUUUUUGCUCUUUAUGAACGCACUUCCAUAUACAGAUACGGAAGAGUAGAACUCAACAUCUUUAUAAGUGAAAAAGAGUACAAGGUAUUAACAGCAAAACCUGGAGAUGUGAGGGCCUACCAAGCGCUUACUGUGCUUUGGCAAGUAGGAUGUAAAAUUGAGCUUCUGCACAUGGAACCUUGGUCAUCAUUUUUAACUAAUUUGAAAAGUGGAGGACUGGGGGUACCAAAGACCACGUGGCUGCCAAAUGACCAUUUAUGUUUGGUACGACUGACUCCCCAAAAAAAUCUAUUUACAGGAGGCAUGGAGGCCGCAAAUUCAUCUACCUUUAUUUUCAUGGUGAAACAGUGUCUUGCUAAACCCAGGUCUAGACUUGUACAUAGAUUACGUUCAUGGAGCCUGUACAAUGCCCGCAAAUUAUUGAGAGAACUGGAGAUUCCAGAAAAUGCUGAAACAAUUAAAUUGUACCCGGAAGACUACAGACGUCUUUUUGAAGCUUUGCAAAACUCUAACGUGUUUACUGAAAGCUGGUUCCAUGAUGAAGUCUUGGAAAGUAUAAGAAAUAUAAACUUCUAAAUCCAAAGCUGCUGAUAGUCGGAAGAUUGUCUUUGCUUCUGAAGUUUACUAUGAUAAGAAAUAACUUUAAAAAAAUUGGAGAUACCAUUAGCUAGAUGAUUUCCUGCCCAAACAGGAAGAUAAAUGUACCAAGAAACAAGAGCUUACACAGGAUGCAAUUAUAGGACUUACAGUCAUUUGACUACAAUCCUAUCCAGAGUGAACAAAUUUUUGCAUCUUCUCUGGGAGCAUUUCAGCAAAUGGCUGCUUUUGGGUAAACCACUUAAACUGAACUUUUUGUUAACACUGCUGUGGAUUUGCAUUAUUUGAAAAAACAAAUCAAAUACAAUGAUUUGUAUUUGUGCAGUUUGUAUUUUAGUACUCAGUGAUCUGAGUGCUCUUUCACAGAUUCCCAAAAUACAUAGCUCUUUAAACAUUGAAUCUGUUUUAUCUUCUCCUGAUCUAAAUGCCUUGCAGUCUAAAAUUAAUAUAAUAUUAAUAAAUCAAGGCAGUGGGUUAAUAGACAAAGUGAUGAUAGCACAAUAAAACAUCCAAAGAGUUUUGUUUAA